GUCACGUGACGAGGAUAGCAAGAGCAACAACAACACUGUCGCUAUAGAAGUGAAAUGCAUCGAAGUGUUGAAUGAUUGAAAUACGACGUUCAGUCCACCUCAAGUCAGGAGCGAGCGCUGUACUCGAGCUGUAUGGUCGUUGCUAUACUUUUUUACCCAAUCAUGAAACUGUUUAACUACUUACUGAAAGAUGUCACGCACAAAAUCGAAUAUUAUUCAAGGUUCUCGCCUUCACCGAUGUCAAUCAAGCAAUUUCUGGAUUUCGGCAGGGAAAAUGCAUGUGAAAAAACCUCCUACAUGUUUCUGAGGAAAGAACUGGCAGUGAGGUUGGCCAAUACAAUGAGGGAAGUCACCUUGUUGCCCGCCAAUCUACAGAUCCAGCCGUCUGUCAAACUGGUCGAGUCCUGGUACAGCCAGAGCUUUGAAGAGCUGUUAGAGUACGAGACAAGAAGUCCCGAGGAUCCACGCACCCUUAAUGACUUCCUAGAGAUCCUGAUUAAAAUUCGGAACAGGCACAAUGAUGUAGUGCCCACUAUGGCCCAGGGUGUCAUCGAGUACAAAGAGAAGUUUGGUUUUGACCCCUUCAUCAGCAGCAAUGUGCAGUACUUUCUUGACCGCUUCUACACCAACCGCAUUUCUUUUCGCAUGCUCAUCAACCAACACACUCUUCUCUUUGGUGACGCUGCCAGUCUUGCGCAACCAAAACACAUCGGAAGCAUCGACCCAGCAUGCAACGUUGCUGAGGUGGUGAGAGAUGCAUAUGAGACCGCAAAGAUGCUCUGUGAACAGUACUACAUGACAGCCCCUGAAUUGAAGAUCGGGGAAUUUAACUCCAAAGCUCCAAAGAAGCCUGUACAGGUGGUCUAUGUGCCAUCUCAUCUUUUUCACAUGCUGUUUGAGCUCUUCAAGAAUUCCAUGCGAGCAACAGUGGAACUCUAUGAAAACAGCAGUGAGGGGCUUCCCGCUGUAAAAGCAAUGGUUACUCUGGGAAAAGAGGAUCUCUCAAUAAAGAUUAGUGAUAAAGGUGGCGGAGUCCCCUUACGAAAGAUCGAUCGUCUCUUCAAUUACAUGUACUCCACUGCUCCAACACCACGUCUGGAUCCUUCACAAACUGCUGUCCCACUGGCUGGUUUUGGCUACGGGCUGCCAAUAUCUAGACUGUAUGCACGCUACUUUCAGGGAGACUUGAGCCUGUACUCGAUUGAAGGGUUCGGGACAGAUGCAGUAAUUCAUCUUAAGGCUGUCUCUAGUGAGUCUUUUGAACGUCUUCCAGUCUUCAAUAAGUCAGCAUGGCGACAUUAUCAGACGGGUCCUGAGGCUGAUGAUUGGAGCAACCCGAGUAGUGACCCACGAGAUGCGUCCACAUAUAAAGCCAACAGAUGACUUUACUUUAACUACUACAGUAAUAGAAAUGGAAUUAGCAGCCAAGCAUUUACAGAACACUGCCAGAUAAGGAAAUAUAUUCUAGACCUUUAUAGGACUUGCUUACUGUUGUCUGAAAAUAAUAGUCUUACAUUAGUGAGAGUGUGGAGGAUGUUGGAGAAAUGUAAUAUGGCGUACCAUUAAUACAGUAGCGUAUGAUAUGCCAUAUGGCAUUUUUUUGGCAAGUGUCCCUAUUAUGGGUAAAGAAAGGUUCACGGUUUUGUUGAGUCCCCAACAAUAGGUUGACAUGCAUGCAAAGUCAAAAAACACUUUCAUUAUCUAAUAAUGUGCAUUUGUUUUUACCUUAUUUGCUCAACAACUCCUAAACGAUUUGAUCACCGGUUCAUUUUUCCAAACCCCUCCUUUGCGUGAUGCUAAACAAGAAUAUUCAGGAUUUUUUUAAAAUCUAUAUUUUCAAUAGUAUUUUCCACAUGUGGGAACAUUAAUUGUGACAACCCAAAUGCAAUUGUAAAUCUUGUAUUACACCAUUUUCGCUUUUGCGAACCCACAGUGACUGCCACAUUUCAAAGGAAAAAGCAAAGUUCAUGUCUUACAAGCUAUGAUCCUGUCAUAUUUAAAAACUAAUAUUAAUUACCACAUUUGCUUUUUCAUUUUCUCUGUUGUCCACCAAAACUCAAAAGAACAAUAACACGUUUAAAACUUUGCAGCAUGUUUUCAUUUGCUUAGAGCUGUGUUACACACUGUGCAAAAUCCAAAAUAUGUCCACUUUAAAUUUGCUUUUGUAUGCUAAAUUUAUUUGGGUCGAAAUGCUGAUAAUAUCUCUAACUUAUUUAAUUAAUGAAACAACACUGCAUGGUUUUUCAUUUCAACGCAUUGCUAAAUUCUGUCUAAAGAAACUCAUAAUGCAAAAGCUUUAAGGUGAGUUUUGGAUUCAGUUUAAGCACAAUGGGUUUUUUUAUUGUGUUUUAUUGUGCUGUUUUUACUAGUUACUUUAACCUAGUCAAAAUAACUCAACUGCAUUUUGAUUUAGAAUAAUUGGAAUGCACAAUGAAAAAAAAAAAACGAUUCCUAAGAAUUAUCUGCUUGUACAAGUUAUCUGUUUUUGCAAAUUAACUCUUCAUGUGUCAGUAACAAUGUGGUUUGUUUUUAUUGAGAGCAAUGUUUUAACCAUCCCUCAAUGUAGGCAAUUAUAAUGUAGCUUUUUGUACUAGUUUUAAAAUAUUCCUAUAUUUGUACUGUACGUGUCAUUUAGCUUUCAAGAAACCUAUUAGCAUAAUAUUAAAUAUGUUAACAGUAUUUAAAUAUUUUCCUUAUGUUGAUUGUAUUGUGCUGUGUUUCACAAUGUGCCUUCUAGCUCAUGUUAAAUUGCCCUAAUCAGUCUAAUUCCAAUUAAAAUACAUAGUAAUUAAUACUCGUAAA